AAUAAAUACACAAACGCGGAAGGAUUACAGUCGUGUCGGAGAUCUCACGUCGGACAGACAUUCGUACUCUCCUAUAUAUACAUUAACUAAACAACUGUUCUCACUUAAAUAACUAGAUUUGGAUAUCUGUGAUUAUAUUUUUGUGUUUCUUUGUAUAAAUUCGCCAUGGUGGGUCGACCAAGGUCUCCCUGUGAGGCGUUGUUGCCGCGGUUCUACGCUGGCAGAGACAUCUUCAUAACUGGAGCGACAGGGUUCAUGGGCAAAGUUCUGAUAGAGAGGCUGUUGUCUACCUGUCCUGACGUUGGUAAACUGCACCUCCUUCUGAGACCGAAAAAGGGUGUAGCGCCUGAAAAAAGAUUACAGCAAUUGAAAAGCUCACAGGUCUUCGACCUCAUACGUCAAAACAAUCCUCGUCAGUUGGACAAAUUGUGCAUUAUACCUGGAGAUGUCUCUCAACCUGGACUCGCUAUAGAUGCAGAGCAUCUCAAGAACUUACAGGAUGUGUCCAUAGUAUUUCAUUCUGCUGCAACCCUCAAAUUCGACGAAGCUCUUCCAAACGCUGUAGACCAAAACGUACUCUCAGUAACCAGGCUUAUGGACAUCUGCGACACUAUUCCGAAUUUACAGGCCCUGGUCCAUGUAUCGACGGCCUACAGUAACUCGGAGCUGACGUGUGUUGAGGAGAAGGUGUACACGCCGCCGGCUGAUCUGGGUCGCCUUCUCGCGCUCGUCGAAGCCGUGCCCAAACCACUUCUAGCUAAUAUUACACCCGAAUACAUUAAACCAAAACCCAACACCUACACCUUCACCAAGGCGAUGGCGGAGGAGGCGGUUCGCUGCCGGACUCAGAGGUAUCCUGUGGCUAUAUUCAGACCCACGAUCGUGAUCUCGUCUCUUCGUCACCCGUUCCCGGGAUGGAUUGAGAACCUGAACGGUCCAAGCGGUGUGAUCGCGGCGGCUGGCAAGGGUCUGCUUCACGUGUUCGUGCGGCGCCCUGACGCUCGCGCUGAUCUCCUACCAGUGGACAUCGCCAUCGACACACUACUGGCCGUGGCCUGGGAAACUGCUGUGGACAGAUUGCCGACCGUCCGUGUCUAUAACUGCAGCACAAACAGUAACCCCACAACCUGGAGGCAGUUCGAGACGGCUCUCAAGAAGCACCUCCUGAACUACCCCCUGGACGCCUGCCUGUGGUACCCAUGCGGCUCUGGGGUCCAGAACAGAUACGCGCACAAAGCGCUCGAGUUCCUGCUGCAGACUAUACCUUUACAUAUAGCGGAAUACAUCAUCAGGGGACUUGGGAUUAAAAUGAAACUGAGUCUCAUAACAGCGGAACAAAAGAUGCGCGCCAUGAACGAGGUGCUGGCGUUCUUCGCUCUUAGAGAGUGGAAGUUCAAUACCGACAACGUUGACAAACUACGAGCGAGACUGUCCCCCGCUGACGCCGCCAUAUACAACCUCGACCCGAAGAGCAUCAGUUGGGAUGAACAGUACUACAACUUCAUAAGAGGAACCCGGAAGUAUCUGUUAAAGGAGAAAGAUGAAAAUUUAGACGAAGCCCGAAAACAUAUGAAUAGGAUGUACUACCUCCACAAAGGCGUGAUCUUUUUCAUCAUGGUGCUAGUGUUCAGACUGGUCUUACAAAACAAGAACGUCAGACAAGUUGUCUAUGGAACGUUACGAUUGUUGCUGUCUCUCUCUUUUGCUGCUUAUAAGAACGUGAUAGAGAGCAUCUGAGUGAUUUUCAUAUAAUAUUGGAUUUUUGUAUUGCCAUUUGAUCAAAGAAUACUUUUAUGUUUGUUUUUAUUUGUAAAUGUUUUUCUUUGGCUGUUGUAAAUGAAUGUGAGAGUUGAAAAAUAGUUUAUAUUGUAAUCGCUUUUAGAAUUAUUUUAAUAAUUAUGAUUAUAACGUAUGAAUAAGGAGAGGAAAAAUAAUCAAUUUCGUUGUUUUUGGAUAUACCAACAGUCUGAUUAAAAAGACACAGGCCGUCAUAAUUGUUAUUGCAAAUUAUAAUACAAUAACUUACUUAGUAUGAUUAUAAUUAAUUGAAGCAGUGUUUAAACAUAAUUUGUUUACGGUUGUUGGUAAUAAUUCAGAUUUGGUAGUUGUAACGGUAACGGUUUAUUGUAAAUAAAUAAUUAUUUAUUUCUGUACGACGAAAGCUUUAAUAAAUCUUUUGUAAUCGAA